UAAAAAUAAAUUAAUUGUUUAGAUUAUAAAAAGUUUUAAUAAAAAAAAAAUAUAAAUAAUGUCAGACGAUGAAGAUUUGGUUUAUGUUAAAAAACCAAAAACAAUACAUUAUGGAUCACUUGAAGAGGCAGACAGAAGUAGAUUAGCAGCUGGUGAUAAUUCUGAUGAUGAAAAAGAUGGCAAUAAUGAUUUAUCAACAGCUCAAGGUCCAAAUUUUCAUAUAUCAAAUGAAUAUAUGGAACUUGAGGAUAACAUAUCAAGUAGUAGACAAGCUGUACUUGAAGAAUUUGAAAGAAGAAAAAAAGCAAGACAAAUAAAUGUAUCAACAGAUGAUUCAGAAGUUAAAAAACAUUUACGACAACACAGUGAACCAAUAUGUUUAUUUGGUGAAGAUCCUGCUGAUAGACGAACAAGAUUACGUGAAUUAUUAGCAAGCCUAGGUGAUGAUGCUAUUAAAAGAAAAUAUGAUGAAGAUAAACCAUCACAUCCAGUUGAUAAAGAUACUGAAACAACAUGGUAUCAUGAAGGACCAGAUACAUUACAAAAUGCACGUAUUUGGAUUGCAAAAUAUUCAUUACCACGUGCUAAAAAAAGAUUAGAUAAUGCUAGAGAUGAAUUAGCGCUACCAAUUGCAAUUAAAACAGCUAAAAGACAAGAAUUAUUAAAAAAAUUAAAUUCAUUAAUUAUAUGUAGUUCACAAUUUGGUGAUACAAGACCAAUAUCAUAUUGUCAAUUUAGUCCAGAUUCAAAAAUACUUGCAACAUCAUCAUGGACUGGUUUAUGUAAACUUUGGUCUGUUCCUGGUUGUAAUCAGUUGAGAAUUCUCAAGGGACAUGCUUGUAAUGUUGGCUGUAUUGUAUUUCAUCCAAAGGCAACAAUUACACAAGAUGUUUUGGAUGAAAAUACAAGUCAAACUUGUGUAUUAGCAAGUUGUGCAACUGAUGGAACAGUUAAAUUAUGGGGUGGUGGUUUAGGUGAAACACCACUUGCUGAAAUUGAAGGACAUGAACCACAUAGAGUAUCAAGAAUAGCAUUUCAUCCAUCUGGUAGAUUUCUUGGUACUUGUUGUCAUGAUGCAUCAUGGCGUCUUUGGGAUUUAGAACAACAAACUGAAGUAUUACAUCAAGAGGGACAUGCUAAAGCUGUACAUUGUAUUAGUUUUCAAAUUGAUGGUAGUGUUGUUGCAACUGGUGGACAUGAUUCAUUUGGUAGAGUUUGGGAUUUACGUACUGGACGUUGUAUUAUGUUUAUGGAAGGACAUUUAAAAACAGUAUUUGGCAUUGAUUUUUCACCAAAUGGUUAUCAUAUUGCAACAGCUAAUGAAGAUAAUACAUGUAAAAUUUGGGAUUUAAGAAAACGUAGUUGUAUUUAUACAAUACCAGCACAUACUAAUUUAUUAUCUGAUGUUAAAUAUCAAAGAGGUGAAGGACAGUAUUUAGUUACAGCAUCAUAUGAUGGAACUGCUAAAAUAUGGUCAAAUAAAACUUGGCAACCACUCAAAACAUUGCCUGGACAUGAUGGUAAAGUUAUGUCUGUUGAUGUUUCAGCUGAUCAUAAAUUCAUUGCAACAACAUCCUAUGACAGAACAUUCAAACUCUGGGCACCAGAAAACCAGAAACCAGAAAAGCAGAAACUUUAGUGUAAGAAUUUUUUUUCUUUUCUUUUUAUGUAUAUUUUUCUUUUUUUUUUUGUGUUUUGAUAGACAACAAUAAAUU